AGACAUCACUAAUCAAUUACCAAACGACGCUCACUCUGAAGCAGCCGUUCCUGUCAGCUGAAUUUUCCGCCGUUGGCUACAGCCUUUGCUUCAUUUACGACCACACUUAUUCGCCUGCUGUGAUAAAACCAUGGCAAAGACCGUGAAAUUGUCGUCAGGUGCAGAGAUGCCGAUUGUUGGACUUGGUACAUGGAAGUCCCCUCCUGGCAAAGUGAAGGAAGCGGUAAAAGCCGCCAUCUCAGCUGGUUACCGCCACAUCGAUGCUGCGUUUGUUUACCAGAACGAGGUGGAGGUUGGAGAAGGAGUUCGGGACAUGAUCGACGGUGGCGUGGUCAAGAGAGAAGAGAUCUUCAUCACCAGCAAGCUCUGGUGCACAUUCCACGAGAAGUCCAUGGUUAGGAAAGCAUGUGAGAAAACCCUUGCUGACCUGAAGUUGGACUACCUUGAUCUUUACCUGGUCCACUGGCCGAUGGGCUUCAAGGCUGGAGAUGCACUGUUUCCUCUGGACAACGCUGGAGACACUGUCAAUGAUGACACUGACUUCCUGGACACCUGGGAGGCAAUGGAAGAGCUGGUGGAUGCCGGUCUGGUCAAAGCGGUUGGUGUGUCUAACUUCAACAAGGAGCAGCUGGAGCGAGUGCUGAACAAGCCGGGACUCAAACAUAAACCGGUCAACAACCAGGUGGAGUGCCAUCCAUACCUCACUCAAGAGCACCUGAUCCAGUUCUGCCACUCUCAGGGCAUCACUGUCACUGCUUACAGCCCACUGGGCUCCCCUGACAGACCCUGGGCUAAACCGGAAGACCCGUCUCUUUUGGACGAACCGGCCAUCCAGGCCAUUGCCCAGAACCACAAGAAGACCACAGCCCAGGUCCUGAUCCGCUUUCAUGUCCAGAGGAACAUGAUUGUGAUACCCAAGUCCGUCACACCCCAGCGCAUCCAAGAGAACUUUCAGGUUUUCGACUUCAAUCUGACCGAGGAUGAGAUGAAGGCGAUUCUGUCGUUCAACCGCAACUGGCGAGCCUGUCCCUGCUCCGCGGCUCGCAAGCACAAGGACUAUCCCUUUAAGGCCGAGCAUUGACCCGAAAGAGCCGGCGGCUGCUGGAGCCUUCUCCAUCAAUGACUCGUGUCAGAUGUCAGAUUUUCUGACGGAUGAAGUCAUUUGUGGAUUUCAGAUCACAUGUUGUCUCAUGGUUGCUCACCAUGACAGUGUGAAACAUCUGGUAUUUAUGUGUAGAAAACUGAUGAUAUGCGGUAAAUGAAUGACAUUUCAAUUGAAAAGAAAACAUUGACUGGAAAAAGAAAAGUAAUCUAUCCACGCUAAACUUAUCUUAAAAUGCGUACAUCUCUUGGCUAAUCUAAUUCAGACCCAUUGUUUUUACUAAAACACUGGAAGGAAUUUCUUUCUCACAUGUUUGUAAUCCCAGGCAUUGGAAAAAUGCAACAGCCCAAAUUAAAAAGGCUAAAAUAUGAUGAAAUCACCAAAAUGUUUAACAUGAAAAAUGAAAUCGGGCAUGAUCUCUUACAGCUGCUUUGUUUUUUGUUUGGUUAAUUUCUUGCUAGCUAUUGCGCUAAACACUAGCUAUUGUUGUUGUGAUACUGACAAUCCACUCAUCUAUCAUAGUUACCUACUGCUGUUUGCUGAGCAUGAAGUGAAUUUCUAGUUUAAGACACUCAAGCUAAUGUUAGCGAACAUUUGAGAUAGGCUCUUUAGCGUGUGCUCAUUGUUUCCUAGUUGAAUUUUCUUUUCAGUCAAACCGCUAAAUGACGGUUGUCUUUCGUAGCUCAGUGAGGGUGAGAAAGUUUUACCUGCACUGAAUAUGUUCUCCUAGUUUUGUGAGUAAAACCUGCAACAUUUCCUGGCACACUCCCUUGGACUGUCAAACAUGUACACUUCCCUUUUUGUUACAGAGAAUCUAAUAUUCUCGAUGUUUACACAACCCGUACUGUUACAUUUCAUUUGCCAAGUACAAACAAAUGAGCUCUGGUUUGGCGUUACUGGGUCAGAGACUGUGAAGGCGAUGAGUCGGCACAUUUGAAAAGAAUCCCUUUGUUACUGAGGCGAAAAGCUAAAUCAAAUAAAUGUGUGGAGCAGCAGAAAUCUGUUAUGUGUUUGCUAGUCAAUGAAAAGGUGACACUCAGAAUUGUGUUCAUUUAUACUGGCUUUAUUGUCUUUCUUGUAUUUGACCUCCAAACUAGUUUCUCUUGCGGUUCUACUGUGAGACUCUCCUGGACGACUCCUGGAUCUUCAAGAGUGAGGGACCCAGCAGUGAAAAUGCAUCUCUUGCGUCAUGGAUGUCUGCUACUUCUUAACAAAAACUCAAAGGAGCAGAAGAGUCAGUGGUUCGGCUGCCAUCUUUCAUCCGUUGUCAGAUAUUCAAACAUCCUGGUGGUUGAAGUGAACUGGCGUGACAGAAGAGUUGGAAUGCUGAGGUGAUUUUGAAUCCUCUUCGUUGUUUCAGAAUUGGCAUCUGAUAGUGCAGCCUCAGUAUUCUGAAUUGAAAGGGAAGUCUUUAUGUUUGGAUCCCCUGGAGAGCAGAAAGUGAUAGUGAGACAUGAUGACCACUGACUUCUAUGGCAUAACUAGAACUUCAGUUUCAUUGUCUUUCAUUUAAUGUAAUUGAGGACCUGACAUUCAUCCUGGUCCCAGGUUUGCCGAAGACACACUUUUUUCCCCAUCUAAUAAGGUGGCUUUCUAGGUCUGUUGUGCACUGUUCUUUGAGAUAUUGUGGGUUUUAGUGUGAGCUCUAUCUUUGUGUGAAGGCUAGGUAUCAUUCUUGUGUGUUUCUUAAUGAAGCCCAAUAGGUAACAAAGGUUCCCAUUAUGACCCUAUCGGUCAGGUGGUUCUAAUGUUCCGAACAAGUCAGCUCACCAGGUUACAGGGAAUGCUCUCCAGUUCUUGUUCAGGCUCAGCAGGGUCUUCAUCUCAUCCUCAGUCAGGGAGAAGUCAAACACCUGGGACAGAUGAGAAAACGUAUAGAUUUUGUCUCCACGCCGGCAUGGUUCUGAAGAGGACUCGCUCACCUGGAAGUUCUCCUUGAUCCGUUGUGGCUUUAUGGACUUGACAAUGGCGACAACGUUCCUCUGGAUGUGGAACCUGAUGAGAAUCUGGAAGAGGUUAAGGAUGUGGUGAGUUAGGAAGAGUGAUCUGACCAUUUGUGUAGUGAGACCAGUGGAGCGCAAGUUACUUUGGCCAAGUCUGUCAGGAGGAUCCAAAUUUUUUCUUUGUGUCAUCAGACCUUAGCAUUGCCAACAAAACCUCCAGUGGCAACCAGGUGGCACAGCCCGGCACUUUUUGCCGCAUGAUUCAUGAACUUGGGUUUAGGCAGAGUUCAUGACCCCUGACAAAGGCUACGCCCUGGGUUCACAUUAGACUUCUAGGAUGUUUUAAGACAAUAUUUUGAUGCCAAAAAGACCUGCUGCCAGUGUCCAUUCCAUGAGCACCAGGUUGUAGACCUUCCUGGAUCACUGUGGCACCUCCAUUUGAGUGUUGCCUCCCUUUAGAGGACAGUGCAGGAUAGGACUAUACCAGGAAGCAGAACCAGUGGUACACGACCUGGUAGGUACGGAUGGGUACAGUGGAAGGCCAAACUCCAAAAAUAUCCAAAUAAAGUCUGAAUGAGUUGAAUGAAUUGUGCUGAAUUGGCAAUGAACUAUAACACUGGAAAUUCAAGGGUCCAAAUGUUUGAAUUUGGUAGCACUGGUUAGAAAUAGUGAUGAUAAAAACACAAUUCAAGCCAUAGAGUAGAUAAGUAAAGUAGACACAACACCUGUGCGGAUGUCUUGUUGUACUUCUCGGCAAGGGCUCUGACUUCUGCUUCCUCAAACAAGGUGGGCUCUUCAUCUGAGGCCCUGCAGAGUGAUACAGAACCAAGUGGUGAAAAACAAUGUUGGAGUCAAUUUCACUUGCCUGACUAGGAAGCAAAUGAAGGCACUGGUGCCCUGAAAACACCUAUCAGAGGGUGGAAACUGAGGAAGAGCCGUUGGCGUCAAUGGAAUUCUGGCGUGUACACUUAUAUUACUUGUGUAAUACUGCAGGGCUUUGACAGCAUCUGUUGAGUCUGGUGUCAAAAGAUUGUGCAUAUAGAAAAGGAAGUCUAUUUGGUUCAGAGGCUCCAGGCGUGACCUUCGCUUCAUCAAGCAAGGUCGCCACUUUUACACACACUUCCUUGUGUGCAGCGUCUGUCGUCUCACCAGGGUCGGCCAGGUGAUCCCAAGGCACCAUAGGCCACAACAGAGAUGCCUUUGGAGUGGCAGUACUUGAUCAGCAUCUCCUGGCUCAGGUAGGCGUGGCUCUCGAUCUGCAUGGAUUUAAAGUUAGAUAUAGGCUGUUUUUUUUAAUAUUCCGCCUGUCAUCCUUUCCUCUGACCUGGUUGACGACCGGCUUGUACUUGAGACCAGGCUUGUUGAGGAUCGCUUCGAUCUGCUCGCUGUUGAAGUUAGAGAGGCCAAUGUCCCGGACCAGUCCGGCAUCUACCAGCUCCUCCAUGGCCUGUGCAUCCAAACACACAGUAAGCAUCAGUGAAGUG